AUAAAAAACAAAUACAAAUGGACUUUAGAUUUUCCUACAAUUCCUCAAAAUUCUCGUUACUAACUAUCCUUGGCUUGUGUAAUGACUCAAAACUUUCUUAAUGACACAUACCACUUAAUGUAGGAUCCUAACUCGUAAUUGUCUUACUGGUUCAAUUCCAAAGGAAUGGGCAUCAAUGCGUUUGGAAAAGCUAUUACUUAUGGGGAACCGAUUAACUGGCCCAUUUCCAAGAGUGUUAACCAGCAUUACAUCACUCCGAACUUUGAACCUCGAAGGAAACCGAUUUUCAGGACCAAUCCCUCCUGAGAUUGGAAAGUUGGUUCAUCUGGAAGAACUAUUUCUAUCUUCAAAUUCUUUUACCGCCCAUUUGCCAGAACAACUCGGACAACUUAAAAACCUGACUAAUAUGUGGAUAAGUGACAAUGAAUUUACUGGACAAAUACCAAAUUUUAUAGGAAACUUGACAAAGAUGGUUGAAUU